AUGCGGAGGAAUGAUCGCAGUUUGGUCCUAGCAGCCUGUAAUGGAUCGUUGAUAAGUAAGACUCCGUUUGAGAUCUUUCAACUGGUGGGCACCAUGGCAGAAGAAUCACGCGAUGAGGGGCAUGAAAGAAAUCUAGAAAUACCAAAAAAAAAUGAAGAGAAUGAGGAGAUGUCCAAGCUGGAGAAAACUAUGGAGAAGAGCAUGAACGAACUCAAAGAACUUCUGUCGAGCCUGACUAUACCGAAGAAGAUUCGUCAGUGUGGCCUUUACGAUGCCACCGAACAUCAGUCUGAAAACUGUCCUAAUUUCGGCGAGGACAUUGUUGAUGUUAAUGCCAUCGGAGGACAUGAUGGGAAUCCACGCAACUAUGAUCCUUUUUCAAACACUUACAAUCCAGGAUGGAUGGAUCACCCUAAUUUUCGGUGGAAGCAAGAUGGUCAGCCCCAACAGCAGAACAAUAUGGGAGUACCGAUGCAACGUCCCCAGUAUAAUCAGAACCAACAUCAACAACAGUACCAGCUAGGACCACCCCAACACCACAAUCAGAAUCAACAACAACCUCCUUACCAACCACCAUACCGGAGGGCACCAUGGGAAGAAGCCAUUGAAAACAUGGUUAAAGAGAGCGAGAAAUUUCACAAUAAAAUUUGCGCCGGUAUGAACCAAACCAACCAGCAGAUUAGUAAUUUGACUAAAGCGGUGGCCAAACUGGAGGAGAAUGCCGGUAAGCUUCCAACCAUGGGAAUCAAUCCCAGAGAACACGCCCAAGUUGUACUAACUGAGUUUCCAGAAGGAGAAGAGAAGGUAGAAGAGUUGUUGGCUGAGGCUGAAUUAAUUCAAGGAAACCUGAGUAAAAGUGGUAAAGAUCUAACUCUUGAACAAGCUGGAGGUAGCAAUCUAACCGACGCACCCUACCCAGGACGCCUGAGACAGAAAGCCAAAGAGAAGGAAGCAAGUAAAAUGAUCAAGAUGUUUCAAAAAGUGGAGUUAAGCAUACCCUUACUCGAUGCUAUCAGGAAAAUUCCAAAGUAUGCCAAAUUCUUGAAAGACCUUUGUUCGAGGAAAGUGAAGAUGGAGGAAGAAGUCUGUUAUGUGAUGGGAGAGAGUGUCUCGGCGGUGAUCCAACGGAAGCUACCCACGAAGCGAAAAGACCCAGGGAUGUUCACCAUUCUGUGCAACAUUGGUGGAACAAUCAUGGAUAAGGCUAUGAUGGACUUGGGAGCUUCAAUAAAUUUUUGA